AUGGCGGCCACCGUCGUCCCCCAGAAGCGGGUGCUGGGCGAGUCCCGCACCCGCCAGAACAUCCCGUCGUCGCCGCAGUCGAGCAAGAAGCGCAAGACGGACAGCAUCGCCGAGCCCGUGCCGAUUCCGCGCUUCAUCAGCUCGCAGAAGGGCCCCGGCGCCAAGCUAGGCGCCAGCCAGACGAAGAGCGUCUUUGAGUCCGAAAUCCUCGAGAAGCUCAGCCAGGACAUCUCGGAGCGCAAGCAGAACAACACAGAAAAGGACCAGGCGUGGGAUCGGCCGCCGGUGACCGAGUUUGUGCCGGGCCGGGACAGCAUCUGCUUCCAGUCCAUCGAGGCUGAAGAGGGCACGCUGAAUGGCGGAAAGGUGGCCGUGAAGCUGUUUGGCGUGACGGACGAGGGGUACUCGGUCAUGCUGCAUGUGACAGACUUCAAGCACUACCUCUACGUGGCUGCGCCCAUGUCCUUUCAGCCAAAGGACUGCGCGCUCUACAAGGCAUAUCUCGAGACACAGGUCGCCCAGCACCAGCCCGCGAUCCACUCGGUCAGCUUGACCAUGAAGGAGGACAUCUACCACUACCAGGGCAACGUACAGAGCCCAUACCUCAAAAUUACCGUUACCGACCCCAAGUUCAUCAACACGGUGCGAUCGACGAUAGAAAAGGGCCUUGCGAAUUGGAAGGGCAUGUGGGGGCCCUUGGAUGGCGGCUUGAGGACAUACGACAACAUUCAAUACGUGCUGCGGUUCAUGGUGGAUUGCAAGAUCCAAGGCAUGUCCUGGGUGGAAGCCCCUGCCGGUACCUACAAGAUGAUACCCGAGCAUAGCAAGCAGUCCAACUGCCAGAUCGAAGCCGAAGUCAGCUACGUCGAUCUCAUCGCCCACAAGCCGGAGGGGGAAUGGGCCAAGAUGGCGCCUCUGCGAAUUCUCUCCUUCGAUAUCGAGUGCGCCGGACGCAAGGGAAUCUUCCCCGAGGCCAACGUGGACCCCGUCAUCCAGAUCGCAAACGUGGUCACCAAGUACGGAGAGAAGAAGCCCUUUAUCCGGAAUGUCUUUUGCCUAGACACCACCAGCCCUAUCGUCGCCACACAGAUUCUGGACUUUGAAAAAGAGGAGCAGAUGCUCCACGAGUGGCAGCAGUUCCUUAUUCGAGUCGAUCCGGACAUUAUCAUCGGAUACAACAUUUCCAACUUUGAUUUCCCAUACCUCCUGGAUCGCGCCAAGCACCUCAAGGUGCAAGGCUUCGAGUACUGGUCUCGCAUUCCCAGCAAGCCCUCCAGGGUCAAGGAAACCAACUUUUCAAGUAAACAAAUCGGCAAUCGAGACACCAAGGCCACAAACACCAACGGCAGACUGCAGCUCGACAUGCUGCAGCUGGUCCAGCGCGACCACCAUCUGCGAAGUUACACGCUCAACUCCGUGUGCUCCCAAUUCUUGGGCGAACAGAAGGAAGACGUUCACCAUACUAUGAUCACAGAGCUGUUCAACGGAACGCCCGAGUCGCGACGUCGUCUGGCGCUGUACUGCUUGAAAGACGCCUACCUUCCCCAGAGGCUAAUGGACAAGUUGUCAUGUUUGGAAAACUACACGGAAAUGGCCAGAGUCACAGGCGUUCCCUUCAACUUCUUGCUAUCCCGCGGACAACAGAUCAAGUUUGUGAGCCAGCUUUUCCGAAAAGCGCUGGAACAGAAGCUUGUCAUUCCCAACAUUGCCCCCCAGGGUUCAGAGGACCAGUAUGAAGGUGCAACAGUCAUUGAGCCGACGCGAGGAUACUACGAUGUGCCCAUUGCCACUCUUGAUUUUGCUUCCCUGUACCCGAGUAUCAUUCAAGCGCACAACCUUUGCUACACGACAUUGCUGAGACCUGGAGAUGUUGAGAGAUUCAAGCUCAAAAAGGACGAGGACUACAUUGUUACCCCCAACGGUGAUAUGUUUGUGACGGCUACGAAACGCAAGGGACUGCUCGCCCAGAUUUUGGAAGAAUUGCUGUCAGCCAGAAAACAGGCGAAACGAGAGCUGGCGCAAGAGACGGAUCCCUUCAAGAAGGCGGUGCUGAACGGUCGGCAGCUGGCUCUGAAAGUCAGCGCCAACAGUGUCUACGGCCUGACGGGUGCAACGACUGGAAAGCUGCCGUGUCUCGCCAUCGCCAGUAGCACGACCAGUUUCGGCCGUCAAAUGAUUGAGAAGACGAAGCGCGAGGUGGAGGAAAAGUACACCAUUGCAAACGGCUACACGCACGAUGCCCAGGUCAUCUACGGCGAUACUGAUUCCGUCAUGGUCAAGUUUGGAACCAAGGAUCUCGCCGAGGCGAUGAAGCUGGGCGAAGAAGCCUCCAAGUAUGUGUCGGCCAAGUUCCUGAAGCCCAUCAAGCUCGAGUUCGAAAAGGUCUACUUCCCGUACCUCCUCAUCAACAAGAAGCGAUAUGCUGGGCUGUACUGGACAAGGACGGAGAAGUACGACAAGAUGGACACCAAGGGCCUGGAGACGGUGCGACGUGACAACUGCCUGCUGGCACAGACCGUGAUUGAAAAAGUUCUGCGGAUGAUUCUCAUUGACCGGGACGUCCAGGGGGCGCAAGACUACGUCAAGAGUACAAUUGCAGAUCUGCUACAGAACAAGAUUGACAUGUCCAAACUGGUCAUCACAAAGGCCCUCACCAAGGAGGACUACGCCGCCAAGCAAGCCCACGUCGAGCUUGCGCAGAGGAUGAAGAAGCGCGACGCCGGCUCGGCCCCUGGCCUCGGUGACCGAGUGGCAUAUGUCAUGGUGAGAGGAGCGGCGGGAGCCAAGAACUUUGAAAAGUCGGAGGACCCAAUCUACGUGCUGGAGAACAACGUGCCGAUCGACACCAAGUACUACCUGGACAACCAGCUGGCGAAGCCUCUUGGGCGAAUCUUUGAGCCGAUCCUGGGCGAGACAAAGGCCAAGUCGCUGCUGACGGGAGACCACACGCGGACCAUUUCGGUGGCGGCGCCGACGGUGGGAGGGCUGAUGAAGUUUGCCAAGAAGACGCAGACGUGCAUGGGAUGCAAGAAGCCUCUGACGGGCAGGGACGAGAGCGCGGGCGCGGUGUGUAGCGACUGCGCGCCUCGGGUGGGCGAGCUAUACAACAAGACGCUGGACCGGGUGUCGGACCUGGAAGUGCGGUUCGGGCGGCUGUGGACGCAGUGCCAGCGAUGCCAGGGCAGCAUGCACUGCGAGGUGAUUUGCAGCAGCAAGGACUGCCCCAUCUUUUACAUGCGGAUGAAGGCGAAGAAGGAUCUGGAGGAUGCGGGCAAGGAGCUUUCCCGGUUUGACGCAGACCAGGCCGCCAUUUGGUGA